AUGAAGUUCCCCAUCAUGCAUUCUACCUUUAGCUUGUUCAAAUCUCCCACUCAAGGAUACACUCCCGUGGCCACACCGUAUCACGACAAAGAACCACGAGGCAGCGGAGAUGAGGAAAUGCUUCACGGUCCUAUUGGGCAGAAGACGCCCAAGAGGUCGGUGUGGAAGGUAGUCGCUCUCUGCUUGUCAUGUGCCGCAGUAUCAGCGAUCUUUACUGCGGUUGCAACUCGAAAGGUCUACAACAAGACCCAGGAGCCCCUGAUGAGAACUCCAAUUCCUGAAUUCCCCAAGGAGAUCAGAUAUUUUGAGUGGGAUGCAAAAUACGUCGAAGAGCCCAAUGAGGAGAAUAACAAGGCUUGGGAUGAGCUUCUACCUGGCGGUCGUGGAUUCGUAUAUGUCAAUAACAGUGCUUCGUACGAUCUUGAACCAGGACUUCAGAGCAAGUGGGGCGAAAUCUACUCUGUUGCGAUGUUCCACCAAAUGCACUGCUUAGGUGUCCUUCGUCAGAACUACUGGCGAUUGGUCAGGGGAGUCCUAGAUCGGGACGAAAGCCUCUACCAUGAAGCGGAAGUGAUGAUAGAUACCGCUCAUACAGGUCAUUGCUUCGAUUACUUCAGGCAGAGUAUCGAAUGCUCAGCCGACAUGUCGCUCGAGUGGCCUCGAACUGAAACAGACGGUCGACGCUUUCAAGUUGAUGGCAGAGGUAUACCUCAUGUCUGUACAAGCAAGUCUGCGCUGAAGGAAUACAUGGAUCUAUAUCACUUUAACGGAUCGCGUGUACAUGAUAUCGCUGCUUGAUGGAGUUGAGAUAUUAGGCCUGCUCAUAG